CCUUCCUCCAAUUCUAAAACCAAGUGAAUCAAUUCAUCCCUCUUUCAUCCUCCUUAAUUUAACUUAAUCUUCCUCAGGUUUCAAGCCAUGCAGCCUGGUGAUGUUUCAGGUCUCCAUUAUCUUCUUCCUUCAAACCUCUCCCCAUAUUCACCUCAUUUCACCAUGCCUAAUCAGGACAACACACCCACUUGCCCGUUCAACAGAUUCUUGAAUCCGCUCCUAAAUUUUCAGAACAUCCCUCCUCAGACCCAAGAAUUCAAUCCCCAGUGUUCUUCUUUCAGCAACAACUCAACUUCUGACGAGGCCGAUGAGCAACAACACAGUCUCAUCAACGAGAGAAAGCAGAGGAGGAUGAUAUCGAAUCGAGAAUCUGCGCGACGAUCGCGUAUGCGCAAACAGAAACACCUGGACGAGCUCUGGUCACAGGUUGUUUGGCUCCGGAACGAGAAUCAUCAGCUUCUAGACAAACUGAACCAUGUGUCAGAGAACCAUGACCGGGUCCUGCAAGAGAACGCGCAGCUCAAAGAGGAAGCCAUAGAACUUCGUCAAAUGCUCAGUGACAUGCAACUUAAAAGCCCUUACUCUACCUUAAGAGAUUUGGAAGACAUUCAGUGCAACACAGAUUUGCUAAACUAAGAUGGAAUUGGUGGCGAUAGUACCAGUUUUGUCUUCCUUUUUUAUUUUAUUUUAUUUAUAUUUUACUUUUGGUUCCUCUCUUUGGUCAGGAAUUUUUAACCGGCACUACUCCUCCUCGCCCCUCUUAAAGCUUGUAUGAGAUGAUCGAUGAUAUAAAUAAUAUGGCAAUAACAUG